AUCAUGCGCGUGGGUUUGCUGAAACGUAGCCAUGUUUUGGCCUUGCCUGCACGAAAGUAUCUUGUGACUGCAACAGCCUCUGCUAAAAUAGCGUCAAAUGGAGCGAUGAGUUUGCCGACUGGUUUCAAAGUCGAAAGCGUGAAGGAAGUUCCUGAGUAUGAUAUGACUCUCUAUUCGAUUGAACAUGAGCGAACAGGUGCAAAGUUUUUCCAUUUCAAUCGAGAUGACAAAAAUUCAGCCUUUUGUGUGCAAUUCAGAACUGUUCCUAAUGACAGUACAGGAGUUGCUCAUAUUUUGGAACACCUGGUUCUUUGCGGAUCCAAAAAUUUCCCCUGCCCGGAACCUUUUUUCAAAAUGUUAACACGAUCUAUGGCCACGUUUCUAAAUGCUAUGACGGGACCUGACUUGACCAUGUACCCAUUCUCGACUCAAAAUCAGAAAGAUUUCGAAAACUUGCUGAGAAUUUACCUGGACGCGGCUUUCUUCCCAAAUUUGGAAUAUCUGGAUUUCAGACAGGAAGGUUGGAGACUUGAUACUAAAAAGAGUGCCGAUGAAAACACAUCAGCAGUUGCAUAUAGGGAGAAAGGUAGUGAAAACAUUGAGUUUGCAGGUGUUGUUUUUAACGAAAUGAAAGGUGCUAUGAGUCAGUUGCCUUCAAUGGUCGAUCAUUUGGUUAGAAGCAAUUUGCUACCUUCGAAUACUUAUUCUAAUAAUUUCGGAGGUGAGCCGUUGAGUAUUAUAAACUUGACUCAUGAUCAAUUGAAAAAUUUUCACGCCACGUAUUACCAUCCUUCUAAUGCUAAAUUUGUACUCUACGGAGAUUUUCCAAUAGAGCGAUGGCUGAAGUUAAUCGAUGAACUAGUUUUGACAAACUUUGACAAGUUGGAAAUUGAUUCACAAAUUCAGUCCGAAUCGAAAUGGACUGCAGCAAAAACUAAAGUAGAAUACUUUCAGCAGCCUCAAUUUGACAAGAACAAGCCACAGGAAGUCGAAAUUGCGAAACGACAGUCGGUAGUUACAAGCGCGUUUUUGAUUGGCGAUAUAAACGAGCCUUAUAAUGUGUAUUGCUGGAAUAUAUUGAGCUACUUAUUAACAUCAGGACCUGCUUCGCCGUUUCACAAAUCGUUGAUUCAAUCAGGGUUGGGAGCUAAUUUUUCACCCGUCACUGGUUUCGAAUCAGAUGUUAAAGAUUGCUACUUUUCGAUCGGGGCUCAGAAUGUCGAUAACGAAAACCCAGAUGCGAUUGUUCAAGCUAUAGAUGCAACUAUUGACAAAAUUAUAGAAGAAGGGUUCGACCAACAGAGAAUUGAUUCAGUGCUUCAUUUGAUAGAACUGGACUUGAAACAUCAGUCAUCAAAUUUUGGCCUUAAACUGCUGAUGGGCUCGGCUUCAAAACUAAACCACGAUUGUGAUUUACAAGAGUUCUAUUCUCUUUCCCAAAUAUUCGAUAGGUUAAGGUAUGAUUUGAAAAAUGAUCCAAAUUUUCUUCAAGAAAUGGUCAAAAACAGUCUCAAAAAUAAUCCUCAUAGAUUAAACUUGGUUAUGAAACCAAAAGAGGAGUUUUUUGCUGGUCUUCAAACGAAAGAAGAUUUGGCUCUAAAUGAAAGGUUGUAUAAAUUGGACCAGGCAGGUAAGAACCAGAUCUUGUCUGAAAGUGUAGCUUUGCUUGAAAAACAAACACUAAUACCUGAUGCGAGUAGUUUGCCCAAACUGUUGAUAUCGGAUUUGGAGACCAAAAUCGAAACGUAUCCUUCUGAAAUUGUGGAAAAGGAUAAUCUACCCUCAACCCAAGUAAACGUCCAGCCAACUAAUGGAAUAUGUUACUUCAAAUCAGUUUUCUCGACUGAGAAAUUAACCGCAGAAGAAAGACGGUUUUUACCGAUGUUUUGCUCGGUUUUGACUAAAUUAGGAGCUGAAAACCUGAAUUUCGAGCAGUUAAGAAGCGAAAUAGAUCUUUGUUCUGGUGGGUUCUCAGUAACAACUAGUGUUACACCUCAUCCGAAGGAUUUGAAAUACUUUGAAGAAUCCAUUGUUAUAUCGUCCCAUGCGUUGCUGAGAAAUGUAGACAAAAUGUUUGCGUUAUGGAAUCGUAUCUUGACCGCACCUGAUUUUGAAGCUACCGAGUACCUGAAGGUUAUACUGAAACAAAGAUAUGAGAUGCUACAAAUGUCUAUGGAACAAUCGGGUCAUAGAUAUGCCAUGCGAAGCUCAGCUGCGACCUUAAAUGCAGUAUGCGCUUACGAUGAAAUUUACUCGGGUAUGAGUCAAAUUGCGCUAUCACGACAAGUAGCUCUCAACAUGGAAAUUGAGAAGUACGUGUCACUUUUCAAAAGUAUUCUCGAAAAAGUUUUCACGAAAGAAAAUGCACGAUGCGCGUUGAAUCUGCCGGAAAGUAGUCAAAGUGAAUGCUUGAAUGCACUUGGCUCGCUUUUCUCGAAUUUGAACUCGGUGUCAGAGGUUCGAUCUACAGCCUCUCCGUUUUGGAUUCCAGCUCCAGAGAUUCCUGAAAUAGUUCAAAAACGAGAAAGGCUUGUGAAAUAUUUGUUUCCAUUUCAAGUUUCAUACGCAGGUCGAAGUUUGGCUGGCGUCCCGUAUGGGCAUUCGCAUUUUGCGCCGUUGGAAGUUUUGUCUAAACUUCUUUCCUGGAAUUAUCUUCACAAAGAGAUUCGAGAAAAGGGCGGAGCUUACGGAGGCGGGGCUUCCAACAACAGUUCGGGAGCCUUUACUUUCUUUUCAUACAGGGACCCCACGCCCUAUUUGUCCCAAAGAACUUUCCAAAGAUCACUCGACUGGCUGCAAAGUGCAAGUGUGGAUCAAGAAAUGAUUGAUGGGGCUAAAUUGACCGUUUUCCAAUCAGUUGAUUCACCCGUGGCUCCAGGUAGCAGAAAUUUGUCGAACUUUUUUAGCGGCAUAACUGAAGAAAUGCGGCAGGAAAGACGUGACAGACUUUUUGCAUGUACGAAGCUAGAUGUAAUGGAAGUUGCAGAGACUUAUUUGUCUGAAAGAAAUCUGAAGAUGUCCGGAGGAACUGUAAUUGGUCCCAAAAAUGAAGACUCAAAUAAACUAGACUGGCCUGUAGUCACUGAAUGAUCAAUAAAAAUGUAUAAAUUUGCUGACAUAUUUGCUAAUUAAUUAACUAUUUUGCACGUC